GAGUUGCCAGAUAUUGAUCAGCUAAUGUAGAAAAUAAAAAAAUUGUUGACAAAUGAAAGUGAAGAUUACAUCACAUAAUAAAGUGAGAUAUAAGACUGAGAAUAAUCAUAUAGCAUAUUCCUUUAAGAAGGAAUUUUUGCGGGAAUAUAAUUGUCUGUUGGUAAUUUUGAUACGCAGUGUACGGUAAAUAAAUAUUAUAACCUGUAACAAAACAAAUUGUUUUCAUUUUUAUUUUAUAAACAAAUUCAAUUAAAAUAUCAUCAAAAUGAAUCCAACGGAACCUACAAGUACUGAAACUUUAAGUUCCAAAAUGAAAGAUGUUAUUGAUGUAUUAGCUAUGCAACGAGAGAAGAGGAAUACUUUGCAGAAAAGUAUUACAAUUGAUUAUACAAAAAGUAGUGAUAGUUUCACAAUUUCAAGAUUUAUAUUUGAAUGUGGUUUAAAAUUAGAAGCUCAUCCAUUGACUAUUGCUACAGCUGCAACAUUAUAUCAUAGAUUUAUAAAAGAAGCUGUUCCAGGAGGUUAUGAUAAUUAUUUAAUUGCUGCAACAUGCCUUUAUUUAGCUGGAAAAGUGAAAGAUGAUAAUUUAAAAAUAAGAGAUGUAAUGAAUGUAUCUUAUAGCACAUUACAUAGAGGAUCACAACCCUUAGAAUUGGGAGAUCAAUAUUGGAGUAUGAGAGAUGCAAUAGUUCAAGCAGAACUUUUAAUCAUGCGUAUGCUCAAAUUUCAAGUAACUCCAAUACAUCCACAUAAAUACAUGUUACAUUAUUUACGGUCUUUGCAAGCAUGGUUUGGAGAAGAAGAGUGGUCUAAAUAUCCAGUUGCAAAAACCAGUAUGGCACUUCUACAAGAUUUUCAUCAUUCUCCAGCUAUACUUGAUUAUCCACCAAAUUUAAUAGCAAUUGCUUGUAUUAAUUUGUCACUACAAAUUUAUGGUGUAGUAGUGCCAUUAAUGGACGAAUGUGAUCAGCAACCUUGGUUUAAUGUCUUCUGUAAAGAUUUAACAAGAGAUAAACUUUGGGAAAUAAUGGAAAAAGUUAUGGGAGCAUAUGAUGAAGAACCAGAAACUAGAGACAAUUAAAAUAUUUCAGUACUAUUUCAAUUUCAUCAUAUAUUAAUAUAAAUCUAACAUUCUUAUAAAAAUUGGUAUUGAAAGAGUACAAAUAUAAAUCAGGAUCA